CUAAGAAGUUUCCUUUCCUUUUAACCACAUCUAGUGCAGUGGUAAUCAUAAUUGUUAGCAGACUUGGGAGGUGUAGGUUUCUCAACACAGAGAAAAACAUCAAGUAUUAAAGAUGACCAGAGACAGAGGCCUAGUUACAGCCAAACCCCAGAAGUCCUGAACCCCUGCCCCUUACACUUUGACCCUAAAAACUUUUGAACCACAAAGCUUGAGGGACAAUCUUUGUGGUCCAUUUAGCAGAUGCUUCUAUAUACCAGUCGUUUCUAAGUCUUUUUACCAACCAUUGCAUCCUUCUCUAUUCAGUAAGGUUUGAUGGUCCACACUUCUUCCCCACCAGUGCUGUCUUAGCAUGUAAGAAUAAUUGGCCUGUUGCUUUUGAAAGAUUUCUGAUCCCUAUCCCAGGCCCUGCAUCCCUGUGGAAUCUAAAUAAGGGCAAGAUAACCCCUGAUUCCCAGUGGAGGUGGAAAGUAGGUCAGUGCUACUGUCUGGCCAAGUCUCAUGGCAGUGUUUAAGGGCCAACUAUAGAAAACUCUGUGAUUAUUGUCCUCUGGCAAUACAUGCAUGACCUAGGUUCCAAGUCAGUUCAUAGAAUCCUAGUCCCUGUCAGUGCUUUCCUCUAUUGAGAAAAAAUCAUGGGCUAGACACUUGGAACCUGGUUUGGUGUGGAGAUGAUUCGGGAGAUCUUGACCGAGCCUAGGAAGAUGUCUCAGUGAGUUUUGUUGAUGUUAGGCCAUCUUCUGGGGAAACUUUCCCUGCUGGGAAAUUCAGCUUCAGUUUGGGCCUUCUUGUAUAUUACUGUAUUUCCAUCCUGUAACUUGUUAUGUGCAAAGUGUUUUUUUGUUGUUGUUUUGUUUUGGGAGGGGAGCUUUGCCCUCUUCCUACUUUUCUUGCCUCGGAUAUGAGGCCAGCUUCCCAUGAAGUAAUUUUGCUUGCUAUCCUAAGACAGUUUUAGGGGCCCUGGAAUCUUCUCAGAAUCAGAGUAUGUGCGCAUAGGUUAGUCAGCUAUGACCAUGCAGUAUUCCCAGCUCCCCCUCUCCCCGCCAUCUGCUUCCUCUGAAUAUACCAGAUUGGCUGUACACCAGGAUGUUCCGGGAAUCCCCAGGAGAGCAACAGAAUGUGAUGGACCCAAAUAUGAUGCCUCAGUAACUCAUUCCAGGAUGUACAAACUGUGACUCUCCUCAGCACCUGUUGCCUUCAUUAGCAGCUUUUCCUCCUCUUCCCUGCACUCCCCAGAACCAAAGAAUGUGAAGGGGGUCCAUGGAGGGCUCACGUCCCCGUGCCCCUGGCGGCCACUUAGCGCCGUCGCCGCCGGCUUUCGACGGCGAGCUGGAUCUGCAACGCUACUCCAACGGGCCAGGCGUGAGCGCGGGGUCGCCCGGGAUGGGAGCAGUGACCUGGUCUGAGAGUCGUGCAGGCGAAAGGCGCUUCCCCUGCCCUGUUUGCGGGAAGCGCUUCCGGUUCAACUCCAUCCUGGCUUUGCACCUGCGGGCGCAUCCAGGCUCCCAGGCCUUCCAGUGCCCGCAUUGCGGCCACCGCGCAGCGCAGCGGGCUCUGCUGCGCUCGCACCUGCGCACGCACCAGCCUGAACGUCCGCGUAGCCCCGCUGCACGCCUGUUGCUGGAGUUGGAGGAGCGCGCGCUACUGCGCGAGGCCCGAUUGGGGAGAGCCCGAAGCUCAGGGGGCAUGCAGACCACCCCUGCCACUGAGGGUCUGGCGCCGCCCCAGGCUCCUCCAUCGUCCGCCUUCCGUUGCCCCUACUGCAAAGGCAAGUUUCGCACCUCGGCGGAGCGGGAACGCCAUCUGCACAUCCUGCACAGGCCCUGGAAGUGCGGCCUGUGCAGUUUCGGCUCCAGCCAGGAGGAGGAGCUGCUGCACCACAGCCUGACGGCCCACGGGGCUCCCGAGCGCCCCCUGGCGGCUACCUCCGCUGCGCCCCAGCCCCAGCCUCCACCCCAGCCUGAACCUAGAUCGGUCCCUGAGCCCGAGCCCGAGCCCGAACGUGAGGCAACCCCGGCCCCCACUCCUGCCGCUCCCGAGGAGCCUCCCGCACCUCCGGAGUUCCGCUGCCAAGUGUGCGGCCAGAGCUUUACACAGUCCUGGUUUCUCAAGGGCCACAUGCGCAAGCACAAGGCUUCCUUCGAUCAUGCGUGUCCCGUGUGUGGCCGCUGCUUCAAGGAGCCCUGGUUCCUUAAGAACCACAUGAAGGUGCACGCCAGCAAGCUGGGUCCACUGCGUGCCCCGGGGCCCGGUUCCGGGCCUGCCCGGGCCCCCCAGCCUCCUGAUCUGGGCCUACUGGCCUAUGAGCCUUUGGGCCCAGCCCUCCUCUUGGCCCCGGCGCCCACCCCUGCUGAGCGCCGUGAGCCCCCGAGCCUCUUGGGCUACCUGAGCCUGCGAGCUGGCGAAGGCCGGCCCAAUGGUGAGGGUGCGGAGCCUGGCGCCGGCCGCAGCUUUGGAGGCUUCCGCCCACUGCCCUCUGCUCUCCCCGCACGGGCUCGGCGACACCGCACAGAGGAGCCGGAGGAGGAAGAGGAGGUGGUGGAGGCGGAGGAGGAGACCUGGGCUCGGGGCAGGUCGCUGGGCCCUCUGGCUUCCCUGCACCCGCGCCCGGGCGAGGGGCCAGGGCACUCUACGCCUGCUACGGGGGCCCAGGCAAGAUCGACCACCACGCAGGAAGAGAACGGGCUGUUGGUUGGAGGGACCCGGCCUGAAGGGGGCCGGGGGGCCACCGGCAAGGAUUGCCCAUUCUGUGGAAAAUCUUUCCGCUCAGCGCAUCACCUCAAAGUGCACCUGCGAGUGCACACAGGUGAGCGCCCCUACAAGUGUCCGCACUGCGACUACGCGGGCACCCAAUCCGGCUCGCUCAAGUAUCACCUGCAGCGCCAUCACCGAGAGCAGAGGAGCGGAGCAGGCCCCGGGCCACCCCCAGAGCCACCUCCCCCUUCCCAGCGGGGUUCGGCCCCGCCGUCCGGAGCCAAGUCGGCUCCGCAACCUGCAGCCUGGGUCGAGGGCACUGCAAGCCCCCGGCCUCCUUCCAGUGGUGCCGGGCCGGGGUCCCGUCGGAAACCCGCCAGUCCCGGGAGGACCCUGCGCAACGGGCGAGGCGGUGAGGCCGAACCCCUGGACCUGUCCCUGCGGGCUGGGCCAGGAGGCGAGGCCGGGCCGGGGGGUGCCCUCCACCGUUGCCUCUUUUGCCCCUUUGCCACUGGAGCCCCCGAGCUCAUGGCCUUGCACCUUCAAGUGCACCACAGCCGCCGGGCUCGGGGCCGCCGGCCACCCCAGGCUGACGCGUCCCCUCCCUAUACCCGAGCACCAUCAGGAUCGACCCCUCCCAGUCCCUUGCAGGAAGGGGAGGAGGGCCCCGGGCUGUCGAGAUCGGGAGAGGCGGGGCUGGCGGGGCAAGAACGGUAGGGAGCCCUCUUAGGGGCGAUUAGCUUAGUGAGUUUACCCCGCCGGAGCGGGGGAGCGCUAGAGGUAGUUGGGUAGAGCAGCCAGCAGGGGGCAGCGUGGGACCCACAUCCCAGCCCCGGGCGGACCAGAGGUGGAGGAGGCGGUGGGCGUAGGAAGGUGGGCGGGCGGUACCCACCCAGCCCAAGGGAGUCACAGUGCCUUAGAAGUGGCAGAGGUGAGGGUCAAAGAACGGGGUCCCAGGGCUGGCAGAGAAGGCUGUGUCCCUGUUGAGGCGCCACUCUGCCAGUCUUUGCUGGUCCAUAGGCGUGAGAGUUUAUUUUUGUACAAGGGGUGGGGGUGGGGGGCACUGUACCCUUCUUGCCCCAUCAGGGGCCCUGUAGACGUCGCUAUUUUUGGUACGAUUCCUGUCAUCCCUGUCGCAGAGUCGUGUCCCCAAUAAACAGGUGUCUUGAGGCACA